GUAAAUUUUUACGCGGUACGCAACGGACAUGUGAAAAACUGUGUAUGUGCAAGUGAUGGAGUUGUAGUGGAAAUGUUUACAAUGUAGACAUGGGAGCCACCUCCGCUGUUUGUCAUUCAAUUUUAACGAAUUUGCGUCCGAUCCUGCCGCCAAUUCACAAUACAAUAUUCAGUUUAAUAUGCGGUUCAUGCCUUGCGACAUUCUUCUGACCUGCAAAACUAUCAAGAUCAUCCCCCAAUCAACAUUCACCACUUUGCCACAGGCAAAUCAUUAUAUAUCCAACUAACCCCCAACAAUUGUUUCAGACGUAAUUAUGCCGACUACAGCUGAACGACCACUAGUUAAAACUAUGUAGUCGUUGAGGUGAGCAACACUGUACAAGUGCGAUGUCACAGAGAGUAAAGAGGCCUAACCGUACUGAAGAUGGCUCUGUUCCUGUUAAAAGGCGCAAGCGGACGCCGGCGGAAGAGGAGGAAGCGGCCACCCUGGCGGCAGGGGCGGCGGCGGCGUCGACGUGGCAGCCGCCCCGCUCAAACGACCUGAAAACUAUCUACAAUCGCACGACGACAGAAGCGCCGGCCGAAUUGUUCCGCAAGGAUCUGAUCAGCGCAAUGAAGCUUCCCGAUUCGGAACCUUUGGCUGCCGACGAGUAUUGGGUCAUCUGCGAUCAGUGGAAGCAGGAAUGGGAGCGGGGCGUUCAGGUGCCGGUCAAUCCCGAUUCCCUCCCCGAACCGAGCGUCACGGUCAAUCACUGCAACAGUUUUAAAGUGCGACACGAGUUCAAACUGCCGAAAAACAAGUACGUGCGCAUCACGAAGGACGACGCGUUCGAUGCGGAACAGCACGAAUUUUCUACGGCGCCCGCCCAAGCGGAGGCGGCGUGCGCCUACGACCUGGACGAAUCCGACAUCUCGUGGUUGAAGGUGAUGAACUCUGAGCGCGCCCUCGCCGGUCUCGCUCCCGUCUACGAGGACCAACUCGAACGAGUGAUCGAACGGUUCGAAGAGUGCUGCUGGGACAAGAUCCAGUCGAUACUGCGCAACGAAGAGGGCCUCGGCAUCGAGUACGAUGAGAACGUUAUAUGCGACGUGUGUCGGUCGCCGGACAGUGAGGAGGGCAACGAGAUGGUGUUCUGCGACAACUGCAACAUCUGCGUGCACCAGGCCUGCUACGGCAUCACCCAGAUACCGGACGGACAGUGGCUGUGCUGCACGUGCAACUUGCACAAGCGGCCCGAGUGUGUGCUGUGUCCCAACAAAGGUGGCGCCAUGAAAAGUACUAGAUCCGGCCAGAAGUGGGCGCACGUCUCGUGCGCGUUGUGGAUACCGGAGGUGAGCAUCGGCUGCGUCGAAAAGAUGGAGCCAAUCACCAAGAUCUCGAGCAUACCGGCCAGUCGGUGGGCGCUGAUAUGCGUACUGUGCAGGGAACGCGUCGGGGCGUGCAUCCAGUGUUCGGUCAAGACAUGCAAAACCGCCUACCACGUGACUUGCGCGUUUAAACAUGGCUUGGAGAUGCGGGCGAUCAUCGAGGACGAGAACGCCGACGACGGGGUCAAGCUGCGCUCGUACUGCGAAAAGCACAGCAAGAGCAGCAAGAAGGAGAAGAGCGUGUGCUCGGGCUCCGAGGACGACGACUGCAAGCGGAAGAAGCGCAAGGACAUGACGUCGGAGGAGAAGAACCAGGCGCGGGCUGCCCGUCUCCAGGAGAUCGAGGCCGAGUUUUUUAAACACGUCAGCGUCAAGGACGUGGUCAGCAUACACCUGGACGUGGACAACGACGCCCUGCACUACAUCUACAAUUAUUGGAAGCUGAAACGCAAGUCGGGCCACAACAAGCCGCUGCUGCCACCCAAGUCCGAAGACGUCGACAUGAUCUCGCAUAAGCGCGAGCAGGCCGACCUCGAAAAGAUGAAGAUGUUCGUUCAGCUGCGACAAGACUUGGAGCGAGUGCGCAACUUGUGUUACAUGGUAAGUCGACGAGAAAAGUUGUCGCGGACGUUCUUCCGCAUGCGCGAACAGACCUUCCACAAACAGGCGGAAGUUCUCGACUCGUCCAGCACGCUGCCCACGACCGUCAUUCAGGCGGUCAUCGAGGCCAACCACGGGCCCUCCAUUUACGACAGGUUGUACUCUCACAACGAAUCGGAGGACCACACGCACGACUUCGACGUGAUAUUGGCGCGAAUAGCCGGUCUCAAGUCGCCGCCGAGUGGAGACGAACGCAAACCGGAAAUUAACGGACUAUUCAAGGACGUGAAGAACAAUCCUUAUAAGAAGCUGUACUUUAACGGUUCCUCGAAGCGACGAAGCGGCAGUUUGUAUGGCAGCGGCAUGUCCAGCUCGAGCAGCGGAGACGAACGUGCCACCAAGGACAAGGAGAACCGAUUGCACAGCAGUUCGGAAGACGAGAAGCCGCCGACAGUCAAUCAGCCGUCGAAGAAGAAAACAUCGGUCGCAUCACCUGCGAAGAAGUCUCCGAACAAACCGGAGCGCAAGAAGAAACAGGUAAUCUCGAAGGCGAGAGUGGACAGCAGCAGCGAAGAGGAACAAGCCAAGUGUCCGCGAUCGCGACUCAGUCAGGUGGCGCGAGAACUAGCCGAUUCGGCCAGUGACAGUGACGAACUGAUGCCAAUCAGGCCCAGCAAAAAGGACAAUAUCAAAUGCAUGUCGUCGAUAUACUCGGAUAGUGAUAGUUCGGACAUGUCCGCCAAGAACGACGACAAAUCCUCGAACGCAACCAACGACUCGCAAAGUAAAGUCAGAACUAAAGCGGCGGUCAAAGAGUUUUCGCACAAGCCGUCGUCAUCUAAAAAUGCAUCGUCUUCGUCGAUGGCAACGUCGACGACGACGCCGGCAUCGACAACGACGACGAAAACCAAUGCGAGUCAGGAGACGAAGAAGAAGACGACGACAGCGUCGACGACGAAAGGGGACGACGCCAAAAGGAAGAAGGACUACGUGCCUUCCGAUCUCAUUGUUCCUCAACGACAGGCAGCUAAAAAGGCGACGGAAAAUCUCAAAUCCACCACGUCGACGAGGGUGAAAGAACAGGUUUCAGCGCCCGAGGAUCCCGCCAAGACAGAAGAGAAGGAUAAACCGGAGAAGAGUCACAAACAGAUUGGCAAGACAAAACCGAAGCCGGUCAAGGAGACGAAAGAGUCUCCGACGAAGGAAGUACGCAAGGAGAGUAAACCGCACGGCGACAUAUUCGAUCUCGACAAGGAAAUGGAUAAGGUCGACAGUCAGGAGAUUUUGGCGUACGUCCCGCAAAGACAAGCCGCGAAGAAGGCGGCAGAACAUAUCAAAAGUGGUUUGGGCAAACCGGUUGCCAACACGGACGUCAGCGGUGACGGCGACAAAAGCAAAAAGGAUGCAGAACCGCCGCCCAAAUUUAAAAGGGACAACGUCGACGGCCCUCGAACGACGCUCAAGAAAGAGCCCGAGCCGGAUAAGGUGGAAAAGGAGAAACCUCCGGCCAAAGUGUCCGAAAAUAAGCGCAAGUCUUCCUCAGCCAGCAGUUCGUCUUCCUCAUCGAGCUCUUCCAGCGAUUCCUCGAGCAGCUCGAGUUCAGAGAGCGACGAGGAACCGACAGCGAAAUCAGCACCUACGCGAUCGGAGAGUCCCCGGGAGGCGACUAAGCGGAGCACUGCCAAGGACUGGCCCUUUCUUGACAAGGGUACCAGACCAGCGGCAUCCUCCUCAUCGUCGGACUCUAGCGAUUCCAGUGCCGCCUCCAGUCCACGUCGCAAGUCCGCCUCACCACAACCACAACCUAAGGCGGAACCUGCGCGUACCCCAGAAGUUAAGCAACCUGCCACUAAGUCCCAUACAAAAAGUCCUGAUAAGAAACAACCUGCAUCGUCGCCUGCUAAAAGAGAGGAACACCAGCAGCCACGUGCCCGUGGUCGAGGACGGCCGCCGAGAGGCAGGCCGCGGGCACCAUCCAACACUGGUGGUCGGAUCGGAGAUGCUAAUGUCCGGUCUGGAGAUAUGUCUGAUGGCCAACGUGUCUCUGGUUCCCCUCGGAAGGGAAAACUCGCCGCAGGAGAUGACCCGCCGGAAAAGGAAACUGCCCCUGCCACUGCCGCUGCCCCUCCCGCUGCCGCAACCGAUUCAAGAAAGUUACUCUCUCCGAUCCGGAAAACGGACCAGAAGCUGAAGGAGGAGGAACGACUGUCCGCCGUCUCCAUCAUCGAGAAGGAGAUUUUGGAACGGAAAGCAGCAGGCAAGGAGAAAUCAUCCAAAGCUCGAUUUACUCUCGACAAACUCUUUGGCAGUCCCGACAAAAAACUAUCAGAUUCGCCCGAGAAGCGGGAAAAAUCGCCCCACAAAACAUCACACCAACAACAUUCAUCAAAAUCUAACGAUGAAACGACCAAGUCGAGAACUAGUUCACCAGAAAAGCUGACCAAAUACAACGAAUCGUCGUCGUUAACUGACAAGGAUAAGACAAAUCUGUGCGACUCUGAAAAACGAUUGUCUGUCGAAAAAGAACAGAGCAAGGAACCUGAAAAACACAAGUUAGAACCUCUCAAAAAAUCACCCAAAAAGUCCCCGACCAAGACCAAGAGCAUCGAUGAUAUCUUUGCGAACAAACUACCCGAGGCAAACAAACACGUGUCAACGAUCGAGGAGUACACUGCGACAAAACAGACGGAAGACAUGACAGCUGCCGAUAAAAUUAUCGAAGAAGAUCUCAAGAUGCAAAAGUCGAAAGACAUCAUGAACGCCGCCUCCACUGAAAUCGACUUACCCACUUUCCAACCGUUGCACGAAAAAAGCGAUGUCAACAAACUACCUGAUUUGGUUCAAAACCAUUUGAUGACUUCGUCGCAGAACACGUCCAAAGACAGCGAAAUCGAUUUUGAUCUUGAUAACUUUGGUGAUUCGAAAGAGGAAGAGAUCAUGACAAGUUUAAUGCCGUUCACGGCGAACAUUCCUAUGAUGAAGGGCGACACGAAGGAGGACAGUGCCCGAGAAACGCUCAAUUUGGUGGAGAAACUGCGCAUGGGCUUAUCGAAGUCGACCAGUUUGUCCAAGUCCAGUACCGACGCGGACGAAGUACAAAAUACCGAGAUGGACAAAAUCGAACAACCGCCGCAACAAAUAAUUCCACUUGUAGAUCAUCAUGUGCCUGCUCCGUCCGAGAAUCUCAACGUGCUGAUGCCUCGGCCCGAUGAAAUUACUUCGAUGAAUCUUACAAACAAAGUGACGAUACCGACCGACAAAUACGACUACAAUGCCGGUUACACUCCUGUCGGCGCAGAGAGGAACGAGAUGUUCGGCAUUGGUAAAAACGUACCUGUCCCGCAGCCCAAUCAGAGUCUGUCCGACCACAGCAUAUCGAUACAGGGCGACGAGCGAUGGGUGCCGCCCAGCGGCGACUCCUAUCAGAACAUUCAGGUGGCCGAGCCGACCAACUACUUAAACGAUUCGCUACCUCAUAUUAAUCAACAGUUCUUGCAACAGAACUAUCCCUCUACGAACGACCAUCACAAGCCGACGCCGCCACCGCCACCAGUAGCUCCGUUGCCAGUCCUGUCGGAAGCGAGGUUGCAAGAAGAGCCGAUAAUCAAGAACCAAUCACCCAUCACCACCUCUUCGCACGAUCGCACCAGAAUCUCACAGAACCUCCUGAUCGAUCCCGCUUCCAUGGACUGCAUGCCCAGCCCGUCACCGUACGCCGACAUGCAUCCGCAGGCCAAGUGGGCCGACAGUGCGGUCAUUCCCAACCGUCGAUCGUCUUCGAGCUCGGUCGCCUCCACCUCCAGUACCGGAUCCCGGAAAGGCGACGCGGACGACGAACCAAACAAACUGAGAAACGACUUGAUGAACCAUCCGCCGAUGCAAAUGCCUCCUUACAUGGAACUGCCUUAUAUCCCUUACUCGGAGUUCGUUCCACCAGUCAGUUUGUUCCCACCGCCGCCUAACGUUAAUACUCAGCUGCCAUUCUCGACGGCGGGUUCGGCGAUGUAUCCACCGCAAUUUGGAGCUCCCUAUCCAACGCCGCAUCCGAUACCUCCGACGCCGAAACCGGUGGAGGACACCAUGCCACCGUACUCGUCAACGGCGUGCACGGCUGCCUUCACGUCCUCCCAACACAACAUGGCCCUCACAGCUGCGAUGGUCAAUCUACCGACGCCCACUUCCAAGUCGACCGACCAAAGUUUGUCAGAUCUGACCGGUCCCGUUCCGACCGAGCCGAUCCCCCCGCCACCGUGUGACCAACCACCGGCGACUGUCGCUCCACCGUCGUUGCCGAUCGUAUCGCUGCAACAGCCGGUUUUGGUCGCCGAAGACAACAUCAUUCCGUCGCCGGCGCAGAGCAACAUGACACCUACAACCACCGCCACGCUACCGUCUCCCAGUUCAUCGGUUAAAUCGAACAGUUCGAGCGUUGCGGUGGCGUCGGCAGGUAAAAAGUCCCCCAGCAAACCGACAAGGACGUCAGCCAGGGUCACGUCCCAAAUGAACAAGUCGCCGAACAAAAGCCCCGGCAAGAGUCCCCGACAAGAACCGCCAGUCAAGCAGUCGGGUCGGGGCCGAGGAGAAGGCAAACGGGGAUCGGGUAAAUCGGGAACUGUGCGUAACAGCACGGCCGCGUCGAGGGGACGCGGAAGAGGCAGAGGACGGGGUCGUAGCAGUCAUCACGACCACGAAUUUCCCUCCAACAUACACAACAAGCUGGUCGGCACCGUCUACGAUCUGGACUUUGACGAUGACGUUUCUAACGACAACAUGACUGAUCUCAAAUCGAUGCGCGAAAGGAGGAAAUCCGUCGACGUGCACGAACGUAAAUACGAUUCGAUCAUCUCGCGCAUUUCUCCCCAACUUUCGCCGAAAUUUUCGAGUCCGUCGCAGACGGGACACAAAAAUCGCGGCAGCUACAACGCCGAUCUGCGGGAACUGCGACCGCCCACUCCCAUCCAGAGCACGCCCACUAAACCGGAUAUCCUGGCCAACACCACCUCCUCGAACGAUAGCAGGACCGCUCCGAUGUUUGUCCAGCCAGUCUUACCUGGUCCAGUCGACAUGCGCACUUACAACAGUUUCAACGACAGCGAGAAUCUGUUGACCGGCUUCGAAACUGCCGAGAGUCGCGUGCACGAGGACAUCGACGAGGAGUUCGAGAAGGAAUUGCAUUCGGCGCUUUCGGCGAAGAAGCCGGCGGAACCGCAGCCCCAGGUCGAGAUCAGCACCAUAAAGGUGUCGCUGUCGGACACGCGUAACCAACUCAAGUUCAAGAUCAAAGGCCCGAUCGCCAACAACUAUACAACGGCGAGCGUGACGCCGUCUCCGGCCACACCCACCGUCGAACCCGUCGUCUCUAACAUCGCAUGCAAUUCCGUGCAGAACAACGCCAUGAGCAACGCGUGCAUGUCCACCGGUUCGUCCAACUUGAGGAGGAUGCGCAAGAAGGAAUUGCUGCGCCAAUACUGGAGCAGCAACGACAUGAACCAGGCCGAUCCCAACAGCGCUAGUUCGAAUACGAGUUCCGCGAUUCCGGCGACGCCGACGGUUAACCGAACCGUGAUUACCAUUCCGAAAGCGGUGGCCUCGAUGACGAGCAUUCCCACCAGGGACGACUACAGGGACUAUCAGAUAGACGACUUGCCCGAGGUCAAGUAUCACAAGAAGGAAUCGAAACGGACAAGCGGUUUGAGCAGAGAACUCAAACAGCUCGACUUGAAGUCGGCGUUCUUGCCCGAUGACGAUGGCGUUUCGGAGAGGAGAAGAAGUCUGGGUAGUGCCGGUGGCAACGCUGCACUUUCGACCAGCCUGGACUCGGUUCUGACCAACAAGAGGCGCGGACGACCACCGAGGCCGUCGCAACAGGGCGGCCAACAAGUAACACCCAAGCUAAAGAUCAAAAUCGGGGCGAACAACAGCGUCGUAGACAACAGCAAAGAAGAAGACCGCCGGGAUCGGAUUCGGCCGCCCAAGAAACGUCACUCUGCCACCGUGGCCACGCCUUCCCUGGACGAUUUGCGCCGGGAGAGCAUGAAGUUCCGCAAGCGAAUGAUGGCUGAUCUCAAGUGCGACGUGAUCAAGAAGAAGAAAAAGGACAAGAGUGAGAAACGGAAAAAGAAGCGGGAGGACAAACAUCAGAUCAGGAUCAUCCAGGACGACAAUCCGACGAAGCUGAUCAUACGGAUUGGCAAAAAACCGAGUGAGGGAAUGGCCGACGGCGCCGGUGGUGUCGUAGGUGCCGGUGAGAAAAGCAGCGGCGCCGGUGGGAACGCAGGUGAGCAUGCGGCCAAGGAGCCGACGACGACGAUACCCAAAAAAAUUGACGGUGCAAGCGGUAAGACGGAUGCGGUACCUGAAGCGACGACACCUUCGGGAAGCGGCUUGAAAGGUCGGUCGCCCCCGCCACCGCCUCCACCGAAGGUGACGCCCAUCAAGCUGAAGCUGUCGCGGUGCCAGGAGGGCUCCGGUUACGUCAUGAAGCCGACGACGUCGCAAUCCGGAUCGGAGACGACGGCGGAGGAGACGCAGGCGGUCCAACCGGGACAGCCCCCUCCCGCAGCGCCGCCCCCGCUCAGCGCCGCUCCGCUGCCCCUCAACAAAGACUGUGAAGUUAGAUGAUAGUCGUGUAUUGUACCAUAAUAAAUCUGUAUUGUCUGGAUCUGUAAUAUAUUCGAUUUUUACGUAAGUAAGAUAGUAGAGAAAGAAGAGGAGUGUGUACAUAGGACUUGAAAGACUAUUAAUUAAAUAAUACAAAUAGAGACGUUCGCGCUCGCGCUGCCCGACGCAGCGACCUGUUUUACACCACCUGUUUAAAAAAUCCACGUUGUUAAGCUGUCUAGUGUAUGUGUAGGCUAAGCGAGCACAUGUAUGUCGUUUAUUUCAGUGUACAAAGUCAAUUACAGCCGCAAACGUGUAACCAUAUUUUUGUACAUAUUGUAAGUUAUGGUAUUUGUGAAUAUACAUAGUACUAAUUUAUAUAUUUCAUUUUAAAUGAUUAACUCGUGUUGACAAUUUUGAUAGGUAGAUCGUUAUAGAUUUUCAUCAAUUGUACAGAACAAAUGGCUUGAGUGCAAUUUUAGUGGUUGUUGUUAUGAGAGCCAUUAAUUUUAUUAUUAUUAUUAUUAUUAUUAAUAUUAUUAUUAUGUACAGUGUCUUUUUUUAUUUCUAACUCGUUGUCGAAUCGAAUCGAUGGUGUAGUAUAAAUUUACUUAAAAGAUUUUUAUCGACUAUAUAUAGUUAUAAUUUUAUUUUUUUAUAUCUGAUAUAUGUUUUUAUAAGUGUAUGUGUUGUAUAUUUUUACUUCAAGUAUUAAAGCACAAGCCAUUUGUUGUUUCAUGUUACAUGAUACAAAUAAUAUAAAUAAAUAUGAAACAGUUGACAGUUUUCUAUUCCGAAACCGAUCCGUUCGACCGAUCGAUCGCGAUCGUUCGUUCGAUCAUUCGAUCGUUCGUUUAUAUUACCUAUAUCACUGUAAACUCGCGCACAACAAAACCUCCCUUGUUUUUGUAAUUUUAUUCUUGUACAUUUUUGUUUGUAAAUCGAAUUGUAAAGUUCAGUGUAUAAAGACAUUUUAAAAUUGAUUGAUUAAUUAAUUGAUUGUACACAUAGUAAAUUCAUAAUUAUAUCCAGUUUUAUAAAAUUGUGUUGUGAUUUAUCAAAUCCUAAUUCGGCCUCUGUUUUUCAUUUAUUUUUUUAUUUCAUUUUUAAAUUUUUAUCUAUUAUUGCCACAUUGUUGUUAAUUUUAUAAAUUGAGUAUCGAUCCCUUAAAAUUAUAACGAACAGAAACUCUACUUAAAAGAAACCUUGCAACCAUAACAUUUGUUCAUUCAUAUUCAUAGUUAUUUUUUAAUUUAUGUUGAAUAAAUUAUUUAUGAUA